UUAUAAGACAAUCACCAACCCACUCUCUUUUACUUCCCUUUGAAAACUUGCGACUACUCCUAUACUCACUUCCAAACAUGGCCGCCGGAACCACCGCAGUAGCUUCCAAAACCCUCCGACUCCCCUCUCCCUCACUUUCUCUCUCAUCAAAACUCCCACUCUCCUCCGCCUUCUCCGUCUCCCUCCGCCGCCACGGCCACCGUUCCCGCCCCCUCGUCGUCCUCGUCUCCGCCUCCCUCGACGCCAAACCCACCGUCCUCGUCGCCGAGAAGCUCGGCGAAGCGGGUCUCAAACUCCUCAAGGACUUCGCCAACGUCGACUGCUCCUACAAUCUCACCCCUGAGGAGCUCUGCACCAAGAUCUCCCUCUGCGACGCCUUAAUCGUCCGCAGUGGCACCAAGGUCAAUCGCGAGGUGUUUGAAUCCUCCGCUGGUAGGCUCAAGGUCGUUGGAAGAGCUGGCGUCGGAAUCGACAACGUGGAUCUCGCCGCCGCCACUGAGCAUGGAUGUUUGGUUGUCAAUGCCCCCACCGCCAACACUGUUGCUGCCGCUGAGCACGGUAUUGCCCUCCUCGCCGCCAUGGCCAGGAACGUUGCUCAAGCUGAUGCCUCUGUUAAAGCUGGGAAAUGGCAGAGAAGCAAGUAUGUUGGAGUGUCCAUGGUUGGGAAGACACUAGCUGUGUUGGGAUUUGGGAAGGUUGGCACUGAGGUUGCUCGUCGUGCCAAGGGGCUUGGUAUGAAUGUCAUUGCACAUGAUCCUUAUGCCCCUGCGGAUCGUGCUCGUGCUAUUGGUGUGGAGCUUGUGAGCUUUGAUGAGGCCCUUGCCUCUGCGGAUUUCAUUUCUCUGCAUAUGCCUCUUACUCCUGCUACUUCAAAGAUGCUCAAUGAUGAGACUUUUGCCAAGAUGAAGAAAGGAGUUCGAAUUGUGAACGUUGCUCGUGGAGGGGUCAUCGAUGAGGAUGCUCUUGUUAGGGCUUUGGACUCAGGAAUUGUAGCUCAGGCGGCUCUUGAUGUUUUCACUGAGGAGCCACCAGCAAAAGACAGCAAGUUGGUUCUUCAUGAGCAAGUUACUGCAACACCUCAUCUUGGUGCCAGUACCAUGGAAGCUCAGGAAGGUGUGGCUAUUGAAAUAGCAGAAGCUGUGGUUGGGGCAUUGAGAGGGGAGCUUGCCGCUACUGCAGUCAAUGCACCAAUGGUCCCCUCAGAGGUGAUAACUGAGUUAAAACCAUUUGUUGAUCUUGCUGAGAAACUAGGGAGAUUGGCUGUCCAGCUGGUAGCGGGAGGAAGCGGUGUAAAAACAGUGAAAGUGACUUAUGCUUCUGCAAGGGCCCCUGAUGAUCUUGACACCCGUCUUCUUCGUGCCAUGAUAAUCAAGGGUCUGAUUGAGCCCAUAUCCAGUGUUUUUGUGAACUUGGUUAAUGCUGAUUUCACUGCUAAACAAAGAGGGCUCAGGAUAACUGAGGAGAGGGUCAUUCUUGAUGGUUCACCUGAGAAUCCACUCGAGUUCAUCCAGGUCCAGAUUGCCAAUGUGGAAUCCCGAUUCGCCAGCGCCAUAUCAGAAUCCGGCGAGAUUAAGGUUGAGGGCCGGGUGAAAGAUGGCAUCCCCCAUCUGACAAAGGUUGGAUUUUUUGAAGUUGAUGUGAGUUUGGAAGGCAGCAUUAUCCUCUGCAGGCAGGUAGAUCAGCCAGGGAUGAUCGGAAAGGUGGGGAGCGUUCUGGGUGAGGAGAAUGUGAAUGUGAGCUUCAUGAGUGUAGGAAGGAUUGCUCCUCGUAAACAAGCUGUGAUGGCAAUUGGAGUGGAUGAGCCACCUACCAAACAAACUUUGAAGAAGAUUGGGGACAUUCCUGCUGUUGAAGAAUUCGUUUUCCUUAAAUUGUAAGAUUAAAAUGGUUGUCUCAUCAUUUGGCUCUUUUUUGUUUUUUUCCCCACAGAUAUUGGAUUGGGUAUGGCUGCCAGAUAUGCCCGAUUUUGAUGCAUCAUCAUGAAUUGAGUGUAGUUGUAGUUUUGGGUGAUUAAAAAAAAGAAUAAUUCAGCUUUGCAAUGAAUGGUGUGGUUCAGUGAGUUCUUGGUCAAA